UAUUUAUAAAUAUUUCCUAAAAAAAAAAAUCCAAAUUAUUUUUUAAUACAAAAUCAUAGAAAAUUAAAUAACAACAACACAAAGCCAGUUGUGCCACUUCGCUUGCGGCUCAAAAUGUCUGCCACCGUUAAAGUGAGUACACCAAGUCUCAGCAUAUCACCGUUAACUGCCGUCAAGGUGUCAUUUCCCAGUGAAACGCCAACUAACAAAGACAACAACAGUAGAAGCAACAAACUUAAAAGUGUCAGUCAUACCACAAUGUUGCCACAAAUUAAAUUGCCACCAGCUUCACCGCUAUAUUCACCACUUUAUCCAGCCAUGGAUGCCGUAGCAUCUACACCUAAUCAUUAUGCUAAUAGCAGCAACAACAACAUCAGCAGUGGCAAUAACUGUGCGCUACUGAUGUCACCGCCGCUCAGCGCCAAGACUGAGCAGGAUAACUACCAAGAAUCACAACAGCAACAACAACAACAUCUCAGCCUACCGCAACAACAGCAUGGCGUUGACUUUCUUGCACCGAACUGUAAUUUGAAAGCGGCUUACGGCAGCAACAGUCACAGCUACACAGACUUCACCAGCGCCGAGUUGAGCUUUCCGGAUUUUUCGCUCAGUUACAUGGUUGAGACGCCCACAUCGGUUUAUGGUAGUUGCAACAGCAAUAACAACACUGUCGAUUGCACAACUGGCAAUCAUUGUGGCAACGACGCUUCGACUAAUGUGAGCUUUUGCUGUGCUGACAGCGAUGAGGUCAUGUUGCAACAACAGCAACAACAGAGCCGACAAAAGCCGACAGCUUGCCAGAUUGGUAGCAGCAGCAACGCCCAGGAUGUGUUCCGUUUCGAGCCGGAGGAUAUAGCACGUCUAAUAUCGGCAGAUUGUGAGACAAGCUGCAGCUUUGUGAACUCACCUACAAAUGCGGGUGCAGCAAUGCCGCAAGGUGGCGGCUUGUCGAUGACAAAUACCUUACAAGCGUCUUUUUCGCCACGCACACCCUACAGCCCCUACGCUACAGCGACGAGCUACGCACCGUGUAGUGUGCCCCCCUCGCCGGGCAUGCUGGGUGGCAUGCAGCUGGUGGAUGGCAAUUAUCAGGCACUACAGCAAAAACAACAUCAGCAGCAAAUAUCAGCAGCGGUGUUUGGCGGAGUUGAGAGCAAUUGCAGUAACAGCAACAGCAGUUGUGACCUCGGUGACGGUAGUCAAAUGUUGGUCGCCGGCACUGUGACCACUGACUGUUUGAACUUGGACAUCGAGUACUACAACUAUGAUGAAAUCAAUUGUCAAUCGAAAAAUCAGUCGCCAUGCUCUUCGCCGCCGCUCGAUCCCUGGAUGACAUUAAAUCUAGCGGAUACAAUUGCGAACGCCGCAGCGGCAGAGACGGCGGCAGCGCAAACACAAUUGAAACACUCACCGAAACUUAGUAACACCAGCUAUGCUGCCUAUCAGUCGUACGAGACGCAGUACAUGCCGUCACUUACGUCGGAGAUUAAACAAGAGUCCUCGACCAUUAAGCUGCCCUCGAUGAUGUCCACCUUUGGCACGCCCAAAUAUGAGUCUGUCUACAACUAUGACUAUGCCUUUGGGCAUGAGGAGCUCGCCCCACAGCCGCAACAGUGUGAGUACCAGUGUCAGCAACAACAACAGCAACAGCAAGCGCAAGAGAGAUGGUUGCCAUACGAUGCAACCGCCAUGCCAGUUGCUGCGGCUGCCGUACACAAUUACGAUCAUUUGCCCGAGAACUAUCAAAACUGCAAUUUGUUGCAUGCGGAAAAACCGAAUCGUGAACACAAAAUCAUUUGGACCAUCGACGAGCUGGACGAGAUGCAUGAGGAGCUCAUCGAUGAGCUCUGCUCGGCUAGCACCAAACAAUCGAAUCACAUGAGCGGCGAUGAGGAUGUUGAUGUGGACAUUGCCGGCUAUUUCGAGGAGGAGAACUCACUCGAUUUCGCCCUACAGGUGGCGGCAAGCAACGAGCGUGCUUUCGAUGAUGCAAAUGAGGAUGAUAACGAUUCUGUGUUUCACAUUAGUGACAGUGCCGUCGUCAAUUCGAACACCAACACAAAUAACAGCAACAAUAAAAACCAAUUAGAACAACACGCCACACAGCCGACGCGCCGUCGACGUCGCUACACUUCACCAGCCGUGAACGGCAGUGGAGCGGCCGCAAAGAAAUCCACUUGUCACGGCAGCGCCAUCGAUAUUGACGCGAGUUAUGGUGCACAUACCCGUGGCAUUGUGGCGCGGCAAGAAAAACAAGUGGCGGACUUAGAGCACAUGGAUGCCUAUGCCGAUGAGGCGCAAAUUUGCCGUUGGACCGAUUGUAAUGAGGAAUUUCCCAACCAGGCUGAAUUUGUGGCACACAUCGAGAAACGACAUGUGGAUGCGAAAAAGCGUGAAGAUUUCUCCUGCUUUUGGUUGGACUGUCCGCGCCGUUAUAAGCCCUUCAAUGCACGCUACAAGCUCUUGAUACACAUGCGUGUGCAUAGCGGUGAGAAGCCGAACAAGUGUCCGUUCCCUACUUGCAACAAGGCUUUCUCACGUUUAGAGAAUUUGAAGAUCCAUCAGCGCUCGCAUACCGGCGAGCGUCCGUACGGCUGUCAGUAUAGCGGUUGCCUGAAAGCUUUCAGCAAUAGUUCGGAUCGUGCCAAGCACCAGCGGACCCACUAUGAUACGAAACCCUACGCCUGUCAAUUGGCCGGCUGCACGAAACGCUACACCGAUCCAUCGAGCCUGCGUAAGCAUGUGAAAAAUCACGCGCUCCGCAAUGCCAACGGUCAUUUGGCACGGCGAAAGUCGGCGAGCGCGGCCAGUGCCGGAGGCGGCAGCAAAAAAGUCAACAACAACAACAACAAUGGCCAAAUGACAACAGCGAAAAUGCGCCGACAUUCCGAAUCAUCGCUGGCGCAUGCAACAGCGCAAAUAACCGGAGGCGAGACAUUAGAGGCGCAAACAGCAACAACAAUAGCAACUUUAGCAAACGCCACAACAACAACAACAUCGACAAAAGCAUUAGCGCAAACGACACUAAUUGGCAGCAAAUUAAUGAAUAAUACACAGAGUCAGAUGCAAAGUCAGAGUCAGCAGUCGGUGCAACAAACAAGACAGCAGCGCAGCAAUAGUUGCAGUGAGAUGUCAACAAAUUACAACAACAGCAAGAACAAUUGUAACAAUAAGCUGUCUCAUUAUGAUAAUCACGAUGAGUUGAUGACAACAGCAACAACAACUGCGGUGGAGCACACACCAUUAUUGGCAACACCAACAGCUACAAUGCCAACAACAACAACAACAGCAGCGGCAUUAGCGCCCAUGUACAAAGCAGCAACAGCCGUGUCAUAUACGAUGCGGCAACAUGCCAAUAAUGCGUCGUCGGGCGUCAACAGCGACAUGGCCACAAUAUUUGUUGCCACGACUAAUACCGGCGGUGGCAAAAACAACAACAGUAAUGGCAAUGGCAAUGAACAACAGCAACACGACUACGCCACAAAUGGCAGCAAAGGCAAUUCGAUGAACUUUAAUGAGUUGUCAAAUUGCAUUGUAACCAUCGAACACAAUCAAAAUGAGAAUUCAAUUGAUUGCAGUGACGACAACAACAGCAACAGCCACAGCAUUAGCCACUGCGACAACAAUGAAGCCAUUAGCAAGCCCCCCGGUGCAGCGCGUGUGGCAUAUGGCAUGCGACAGCCGGGCGCGAACACACAGGAAAUGGAUACGUUGAGUGUGUGCAGCAAUAGCAGUAGUCGUAGCGGCGGCUGCAGCGACAACAACAAUAGCAACUGCAGUUGUAGCAGCAAUAAUGAGCACAUCAAUCAAUUAAAUGAACUUGGUCAAUUUUUGGUAUUAAGCCCGAAGGCCACGCACAACACCAGCGCCGAUGUCGGCAAACAGUCAAUAGCGUGUGCAACAGCUGCAACAACAGCGCAUGCCGUUGCAUGGCACACACCAACUAAUUGCAACAAAUAUAUGGAUCAUACAAAUACCGCUAAUAUAACGGCUAUUAGCAACAUUAGCGCGGAUAUGGCGCAAUCCACAGCUGUGGAGGCACGCACAACGGCCUCUGCGGCGGCGGUGGCGUCGAUAGCGGCAACGGCAGCUUGUAAGCAUAUUAACAGCAAAGCCCCACCGCCGCCACUGCAAGAGUUCGUCUCGUUCGAGUAUGUGAAGCGCAUGUUGGCCGAAACAUUCGAGCCGGAGCCCACCGCUUUCCCCAGCGCCAGUCCCGGCGGUAAUGCUGCGUACAUGGCAGCCAAUCAGCCGUCACUGAAGGCCGCAAAUAAUACGGCCGGCGAAGAGGCUGCGCGCGCGGCACAAGCCAUUAGCGCAAAUAAACAAUGCAACGCGGCGAUGGCGCAAACGGCUAAUGGACAAAAUGCCGACGCGGCUAAAAGCACUUGUGACGGCGCGCAGACAAACCGUGGCAAUGGUAAUAGCAACAACAACGAAAACGGCAGCGCAGUCAAUGCCGGAUCGGAUUAUGCAAAUAAUUUCGAAAUGGAUUAUUUGCAGAGUUUCAUGUAGUGCGAACGCGCGCGCUUUUGCCUGCGUACCCACACAUGCCAACACACACGCGCUUCGUUGUGUCUGUGUGUGCGUCCUAGCUAUGUGCAACGGUGGCACAUUUGGCGGCAGCAGAUUGUAUUAGCGUCAGUAGCCAUGCAGGCGCUGCCCGCGUAAGCCUAUUUCCAACCAAUUUUAAUUAAUUAUCUUCGCUCAUAACGGUAUUUUCUUCAUUGAAGCAGCAUGCG